AUGGCGACGGGCUGGCAACGGGACAGCCUCCCGCCCGGCACGGCCCGCGGGCUCGGCAGUGCCCCGGCCGCAGGGAGAGCCUCCCGCCCGGCACGGCCCGCGGGCUCGGAACGCCCCGGCCGCAGGGAGAGCCCCGCGGGCUCGGAACGCCCCGGUCACAGGGAGAGCCUCCCGCCCGGCACGGCCCGCGGGCUCGGAACGCCCCGGCCGCAGGGAGAGCCCCGCGGGCUCGGGAGUGCCGCCGGGCCGGGCGGGAGCUGCCCCGCCACCACCGCCCCGCUCGGCCCCGCUGCUCCCCGGGUCACCGCCGUGCCGGAGGUUAAACAGCGCGGUGUGUUCCGUGCCGAGCGGGCCCCUCGGGGUAAGGCUGUGUCAGCUUGCCGUUACUGUGACCGAACUGAAACUGCCGCUGCUGCUUUGAAGGGCUGGGAGAUACCGAUUGUGGAGUUUUUCUACUUUGUCUGCAGACGGAGUGACGGAGGCAGCGCAUCAAAGCCAACCACGACGUUCUGCAAGUAGGCUGUUCACUCUGAAGCCUACAACGCGUAAUUGAAAUAUUAUCUUAACUGCCUUAGAAGAGGUCUGUAAAAAGGCCAGAAGAACAUGUGCCAGUGAGAGCUGGAAAUAUUACAUUUUCUUUUAAUGUGCUUCCCAACUACAAAUGUGCCUGCAGUUCUCAUUUGUCUUUUUUUUUCUUUCUACUCACUUCUGUGCAGUCAUGUCUUAAAGCUGUAUUAAACAGCAACAAAAAUAGUGGUUUACCUGU